AUGCCCCAAAUUGUCAGGACGGCGUCGCGCCUAGCCCACGCUCGCGUCGGCCUGCACACCACCGUCAAUCUCCGGAGAUGGCAGCCCGUCGUCGCCCUCGCCCUGCGUCUUAACGCCCCGCCGGCCGCCGCCCCCCAACGAAGGCUCUACGCCUCGGGCCUCCCCCCUUCAUUCCCUCCCCCUCCGCCGCCGAGCUCCUCCGCCUCGAAAGAAGAGAUCGAUCAAGCUUCCCCGACAAUCGAAUCGUCCCUCCCAAGCUCAGAUGCUGCGACCUCAAGCUCGACAUCGUCAUCCUACAAUGAAACCGCCACCGCCACAUCUUCCGACCCCGACUCUUCCAGACCAAAGCCUGAGGACCCUCAUCCCGAGACGGCCACCAAGAUCUACACCGCCCUCCCGCCCGCCCUCUCCGAGAAGCUGUCCCACCUCAUGGACACCCUUCAGACCCGCCUCAUGACCGCCUCGACGACCCUGAACACCCUCACGGGCUACGCCCCGAUCGAGGCCAUCAAGGAACAAAACACCCUCCUCGAGAACCGCCUCGCUGAAGCUCAGUCCCUCGUCCGCACCGCUCGCGCCACCUACAAGACCACCAACGCCAAGCGCGCCACCACCCAGCGCGAGGUCACCACCCUCCUCGCCCGCAAGGAGAUGUGGUCCCCGACCGACCUCGAGCGCUUCACCCAGCUCUAUCGCCAGGACCACUCACUUGAGCAGGAGGUCGCCGCUGCCGCCGAGGCCCUCACCGAUGCCGAGCACGCUGAGCAGGCCUUGGGUCAGCAGCUAAACGCGGGAAUUCUCAAGCGCUACCACGAGGAGCAGAUCUGGUCGGAUCGCAUUCGCCGUGCGUCAACAUGGGGCACCUGGGGCCUGAUGGGCGUAAAUGUCCUGCUGUUCAUCGUGCUGCAGUUCGUCGCCGAGCCGUGGAAGCGGAGGCGGCUUGUGCUCGGCGUGGUCGAGGAGGAGAAGGCCGUCCUCGAGGGCGUGACAGCCGAGCUGGCGGGCUUGAAGGCGGCCUUGGCGCAGAGGGAGGCGACGGAUGCCGCUGCCGAUGCCGCUGCCAAGGCUACGGGAGUGGCACCGGCGGCGACGGUUGUAGUGACAGCUGCUGGAGAGGAUGCCCUGAGCGCCAAGCUCGAGGAGCCGGCCGUCAAGCACGAGAUGGAGCGGGAGGUCGCCAGCGCUCUUGAAGUCCUGGAUCAAGAGGUUCCCACGCCCAAGUCGUGGCGCGAGCUCAUCACCGAUCCUGCACUCCCCGCGCUGUUGAAGGCGAGAUUGGUCGAUCUCUAUAGCGAGCGCCGCAUCGACUUGCGCAUGCGGGACGCCUCGAUCCUUGCCCUCGAGGGCGCUGCAGCUGGAGCCACCUUGGCAGGAGGUAUUGCUUUGCUGCUUUUACGGAGAACAUAA